AUGAGCCCGAGCUCUCGGCUGCUGAAUUUCCCUGAGGCGGGAAAGGGCGAAGUCGCCUUCUUUCAGAGCAUCCCUCCGCCACACACACACACUUCCCAGCCACCCCCCAGAGCAACCCUCCUCCUCUUCUCCACGCGCGAACGAGACCGUCGUGCGCCCCGCCCCCAUGCCUCACAGCAGCAGAGUUUCCCCGCGCAACAGUAUCCCACGCAGGAAGCAAAAAACGCCGCCUCAGCCAGGGAGUCGCUCCCCCCCCCCCGCCCUCCACACACAACAAAAGCCGCCGUCCUCCACAACCCUUCCGGGCGACCCGGGCAGGAAACCUCACGAGGAAACGGAGACCCCACCCACGAGCGGCAAGUCCGCCCUCCGCCUGCCUCCUCCUCCCCGGAGCGGGACGGCGGAGAGUCCCUCGCGCCUCGCCGGCGGUUCCCUCAGCAGGGCGCCCACAGGAAAUGGGAGAAGCAGCCGCCGCCGCCGCCGCGCUGGCUGGCAGCCCUUCCGCGCUUCCCGCAGGAAACGCCGCCGAGCUGCUCACAAAAGAGCGCCCGCUUCGGCACCUCGCGCGCCUGCGGACCAUUUUCGGCCGCGAUCCUGAAGCACGUUUGUAUUCGGAAAGCAACCCCGUUGGGCUCAGGACAGCGGCAGAGUCGUGACUCUGCAAAGGCUUCGCUUUCUCUGCCGCUUUGA